GUUACCAGUCAGUGAACUUUGUGAAUAUCUCGCCGAUGAGUGAAGCCAGUUUAUUUGACGCCCGUUGGGGAUAGCCCCUCUUCAAUGAACCAGAUACCACCUUGAAAGACUGUGGAUGUCGUUUCCUGGAUGAUAUAGUGAUUCAAACGCUGAAACACUUCUAAUUUUAGUAGAUACUGCGCUCCGUUGUGGUGGCCGACUUGUGGGUGCGCUGCCGUGCAGUGAGCCGAGUUGACGAGAAGGGUACUCUUUUUUUUUUCUGAAAGAGGAUUUCUUGUUGCCCUCGCACAAUGUCUUUCUUUUUCAAAAAAAUCUUUAAGCUGAGCACCGACAAGAAAGGACCAAAAGUCUACAAGAAUAUCAAACGUGAUGUAGAUCCUUACUUGAAUUGGGAUAUUAUCAGCGAGAUUGGCGAUGGUGCGUUUGGAAAAGUUUACAAGUGUAAACAUAAAUACAAUGGAAAAUUGUCAGCCAGUAAAGUGAUUGAGAUAAAAAGUGAAGAAGAGUUGGACGAUUACAUGGUAGAAAUCGAUAUAUUGAGUGAAUGUGAUCAUAAAUAUAUUGUCAAGUUAUUGGAAGCUUUCUAUUAUGAUCAUAAAAUUACAUUAUUUAUUGAAUUCUGUGAAGGCGGUGCAGUUGAUGAUAUCAUGUUUGAUUUAGAAAAACCUUUAAAUGAAGUUCAAAUACAAGUUAUAAUUCGACAAAUGCUAGAAGCAUUGGACUACCUGCAUAAUAAUAAAGUGAUACAUCGUGAUCUGAAAGCUGGAAAUAUUCUAUUAACCAUGAAUGGUGACAUUAGGCUAGCUGAUUUUGGUGUUUCUGCACGCAACACAAAAACCAAUCAAAAGAGAGAUUCCUUCAUUGGUACCCCAUAUUGGAUGGCACCAGAAGUUGUUCUCUGUGAGACUUUAAAAGAUGAUCCAUACGAUUACAAAGCUGAUAUAUGGUCCCUUGGCAUUACUUGUAUAGAAAUGGCACAGAUGGAACCACCAUACAAUGAUCUACAUCCCAUGAGAGUCUUGAUUAAAAUACCAAAAACUAGCCCACCAACUUUACUAGCACCAUCACGAUGGUCAAAAGAUUUUAAUAAUUUUAUUAAAAUGUGUUUGGACAAAAAUGUUGAGACGCGUCCCUCAGCCAAGGACUUACUGCAGCACCCGUUUGUAGUUCGAACUGAUGACAAGAAACCACUUAUAGACCUAAUAAGUGAAGCCAAAGCUGAGGUGGAAGUUGAAGAAGAAGAUUUACCAGAAGAGCGUAUUGCUGCGAUAGAAAGAAGUGUUAGUACUGAUGAAAGCCUUAAUAGUCAAGAAGGAGUUACAGCUUUGCCUGAUAUAGCAGAAGAAGGUGACGCCGCUAAAAAAGUGGAUGCACAAGAAAAAGAGAAGGUCUUUGUCGAGAGUGAAAAAGAAGGUGAAGCAAAGACUCCAGAAGUGGAGGAAAUAACUGCUAUUCAUGGAAAACCUGAACAGAUCGUCAUUGAUGAAAAGUCUCAAGAAGUUGAUGAACAGUCCGAUGAAGGCAUUGGAGGAAAUGGAAGUGAACAUUCAGAAACAACCUCAGAGAAAGCUGCUAUUCAUGAUGAGGAGAAGGAAACCCACUCAGAAACAAAUGUUUCUUCGUUAAUUACAGCUUUUGAGAAAACAAGUGAUGUGUCUACAAACAAGUCUGCAUCGUCUGAGGACUUAAAAACUAAUACUUCUGUGGCUGCAUCUAAUGAAGAUGUCAAAGAGUUGACAGAGGAAGAGAUAUCUGAGGAAGAAGCCAUGGCUGCUUGUAAAGAAGUACUUCAGGAUUUGUUGAGUAGAUCAGAAGGUGAAAGAGAAAAAGCUGAAGAUAUGAAAGAAAAAACAUUACAAGAAAAUGACGCUGAAAAAGCAGUGUUCAAAGUGCCGGAAACUCCUGCACCGGCUGUAGAGAAAACAAAGGAGGAUUCACCGCCAUCAACGGUGAAAAGGGGAGAGGAGGCAGAGGACAAAUAUGGAAGUAUAUCCAGUCAAAAAUCCAAUAUGUCUGACACUGAGAGUAUAUCUACAAUGGACAGUUUAGAUAGUUCGGAUAAAGCAGAUAGUAAAGAUGAUAAAGACUCAAUAGAUAGAAAUGUGAGAAAACGAGGAUCUGAGGAGUCAAGGAGCCAGUACAAAACGCUAAAGAAAACUCGUAAAUUUCUCAUUGAUGGGAAAGUUGUUACUAUGACAACAGAAAAGGUUGUGCAGAUGGGACAUGAAGAGAAGCAUAGACGAGAACAAAUGGCAAGAAAACAAGAUUUACGUGAAUUAAAAAUGAUGCAGAAAGACGAGAAUAAACAGUUUAACAACUUGGCAUCCAAGAUACUACAGUUAACUGAUCAGUUACAAUUAAAACAGAAAACAGAUACACAGAAUUUAAUGAAGAAGUUUGAUGUUGACAUAGAUACGUUGAAUAAAGGUCAAAAGCAACAGGUGGAACGGCUAGAAGUAGCCCAGGCAUAUGAGAUUAAAGCGGCGGUAAAGAAGAUAAAAUUAGACCAGGAGCGAGAAUAUAAAGACUUUCGUGACAUAAUGAAGAAGGAGUCAAAGGAACUGAAAGCUAAGUCUGGAGGUAUUGGUAAGGACAGCAAACGAAAAAAAGAAGAAAUAGAUAUGAUGUUGCAAGACAAAGAGAGAGAGUUUUUGGGGAAACAACAAAAUAAAAUGGAGGUAGCUAUUAAAAAUAUGUCUGAAAUACACAAGGCAAAGAUUGCAGCGCUAGAAAAGAGAAUUCUUGCUGAUAAACACCAACUACUUAGAGCUCGUGAGUCGGCAAUCUGGGAAAUGGAAGAAAAACAAAUGCAUGAAAAACAUCAGCAAAAUAAAAAGCAACUCAAGGAUAUGUUCCUUCUGCAACGACAUCAUAUGCUGGCUAGACAGGAAAAGGAAGUAGAACAAGUGAAAAGGCUGCAUGACAAAGAGGAGACUGAGCUACUAUUCAAGCAAUCACAGCAGAAGAAAAGGCUGCCCAAAAUACAGAAAACAGAAGCAAAAACAAGAUCGGCUAUUUACAGAAAGAGUUUAAAAAUUGGCAAUGCUAUGAGCCAGGAACAAGAAAGAGAAAAAUUAAAACAAUUUCAAGCUACUGAGACCAAGAGAUAUAAAGCAGAGCAACUCAAACUUGAGAUGAAACAUGCCAGACAGCUUGAAGAAUUAAGAAAUGGUCAUGAAGCUAUAAUGCAAGAACUACUACAAAUACAUAAUGAAAAACGCAAACAGCUGAUGGAGCUUGAAACACAAAAACUGAAAGAGAAAGAUGAACAACAUAUCAAAGAGAUCAAAGAGUGGAGAGAACAUCUGAAACCUAGAAAGAAGUUAUUGGAAGAGGAGUUCCGCAAGCAGUCACUGGAGCAAGAAAGGUUUUAUUCGCGGCGUGGCAGUAGUCGAAGUUUACAAGCAGGUAAUGGUAUCGAGAAUUCUAAAUCCAUAGCUCAGGGACAACGCAGUUCUUCAUCGGCUUCUUCAACUCCAUCAGAAGAAAUGUUACCACCAUUCUUACAAGAAAACAGUAUUCCGUAAAAUCUGGUUAGAAAACAAAUUGGACAAUAUAUUAUUGUAUUUGAAAAAAAAAAAACAUAUUUGUGAGUGACGAAACACCACGAGUAUCAGGAUUUUUUUACACUGUCAGUUUGGAGAUCAUAUUUCCUCUAUUAAAAGCACAUGUAUUAAA